GACUGGUACGAAGGUGGGAAAGGAAAGGCAUUUGCGCGCGCGGAAGCGGAGUGCGGGGGAGGGAUCUUGUUGCCUUUCCUGCAACAGCAGAGUCCAGGUAUCGUCUGAACGUGGUAAUACCUGCUCGCAGGCGGAGGUAAGAGGGCUUUGAGCGCUCGGAAGCGUCGCGAUCUUUGGCUCAGGAGAGAAAAGCGGCGCUGUAACUCUGCAAAAAGUCACAGAUUCCGCGCCUGCACCUAUUUUCCGCAGGCCUGCGGGAGAGCAGCGGGUCUGGCGCGGCCACGUGCGUGGGAGAAGGAGACCCGAUUCUCUUCUGCCCCCCGACUCGCGCGGAGACCCUCCACUGGGAUCCGAUUGGGGAUGGGAGCGGGAGGGAGGAGCGGGCUGGCGGGGAACGGCGCCUUUUUUGGUAUGGUCUGAAAUGCCUGGCUUUGUAAGAAUCCCCGGAAAUCGGCAGAUCCGCUGGCAUUCCGCAUCUGCAGGCCGCUUUGCACAAGACGGCAGGAUUUUAGAUCAACGCUUAAAAAAAAAAAAAGGAUAAAAUGAGAAGUGAAAAGUCACCUGGAAAGCGUAGUUAUGAGUGAAACCAUUAAUCUGAAGUAGGCGGUGGCAGAGAGUCCUGUUUGCAACCCUGGAGAGCCCCUGCCGGCUAGUGUCGGUAAUGCUGGACUCUAUGGGGAUAAGUUGGCCAGGGAAGCUAGAAGAAGUGCUGUCUCUUCCUCCCCUCCCAGAUUAUUAAAUGGGCUAGAAGUUACGUACUGUAUUGUACAAGAGAAGCUGUCUUAAAUGAGCUCCCUCAAGUUCAAAGCUUCCCUAAGUGCAAGGAGAAACAAGCUGUUGUAGGCAAUGUUCAUUCAGUUUUUGUUGAGGCAGGUUAUCCCUGGAAAAGAGUGAUCCCAGAAGAAGAAAGAUGGGGCUAUUGGCAAUAAAUGCAACAAUUGUGGAAGAAGUAACACCUCUGGCUGCAUCUCUGUGGGGGACCCUGGAUUUCUUUGAAGGGACCUGCUUCCUGUUUUUGUGGAGCUUUUUCCUCUGCCUCUUUCUAAAUCACAGGCCCUGCUUUGGUUCCUGUUCUCUGAGCUAAUAACUAGAUAGUCCAGCAAGCUGAGCUUGCAAUAAUAGGCUAUUUCCUUGGAGGGGCUUGGCUGGUUAUUUGCUUGACCUUUGAGACUCUUGGGUCUUAUUUAUUAGAUAAAUGAGGGCUGAUUCGCGCAUAUUCUACUCAGUGGUGCAAAGUCUUUGUGCUGGAAAGCUUUGUGUCUGUUAGUCACACAUUCCUAAUCAUGGAACAAUGAAUGCAUGUGCUGCUUUUUUUACUGACUACAUGCAGUAUCAGAAAUCAUUCCCUUGUUGUUCUUCAAGUAUGUUCAUUUCCCCUGCACCUACUGUCCAUAUGCCGCAAAAUCAGCUCAGAUUGGAGUGCUGUGUUCCACUUAUGAUGUUCCAAAACAAUUACACUCAACAUACAGACACCAGAGCAAAAAGUGCCCACAUGCACAGCCUACUGAAUGGAAAACUGACCAAUGGGUGACAUCUAAUGCUGUCCAUGUGCAGGGUGGUAGAGACUUCCACGCAGAGUGUCCUUUUCCUCUCCUUGCCACCAGCGGCCCUUGGCAUAGCUGUCAACUUUCCCCUUUUCUUGCGGGGAAUCCUAUUUGGAAUAAGGGAAUUUCCCUUUAAAAAAGGGAAACAUUGACAGCUAUGGCCCUUGGUGAGCCUGAAAAUCUGCUACAGAAGGUUGAGGGGGGCAUGGGGGGAGGAGAAGAAGGACUGGGAGGUGCUUGGGGAGAAGAGAAAGCAGAAUUAGUGUUUCUGCUUGCACAAUAAUUGGAUUUCACCCAGAUCAGAUUAACAGGCAAUAUUAUCUUUACUUAGAAACAUAAGAAGACCAUGGAGCCAUUCUUGAACCCUAAAGAAUCUGCCAAAUUCAUAGCAGAACACAGUAAAGAUGUGUACAUUGAAGAUGAUGGUGUACGAAAAGUUGCAGAGAUGUUAUUUGACAAGGUCUUGGAGAACGAGUUUAGUGUGGCCGGCUGGAAGUCUUCUCAUGAGCUGAACCCUCAAGCGGCAAAUGAAGAUGCAGUGAACUGGGUGUUCCUUGCCGAUACCCUCAAUUUUUCCUUUUGGUCCGAGCGUGAAGAUCACAAAUGUCUGGUGAAGUAUAAAGGCAAAACAUACAGUGGUUACUGGUCUCUUUGCGCUGCCAUCAACAGAGCACUUGAUGAGGGUUAGUUCUUAAUUUUCAAAAUUAAAGAAGAGAAUUUGUGGGCAAAUAACCUUGACUUGGGGGGAAAUGCAAAGCUCCAUUCAAGCCAGCAUUUGAAAUCUUUGUGUUACUCAUUCAUCUCUAACUUUAGGUUUGGAUCCCAGAGUCACAGGUGUGAGUAUCAUCAUUAUUUUAAAUAAGCAGGGCACUUGAUACCUAACUUGCCAUGCUUCAGAACUCCAGUACCAAAGGGCCAGAUUUAACAAUAAGUAACAGGAUUUGCCUCUCACAGUCUCUGCACCUGUGGGAUAAACCUGAACACUUCUGGUGCCUGUGUGGUCUUUAGGUAGCUUGAGGAGCCUGGAGGCAGGCUGGACUGGCUGGUACAUUAGGGAGCUGCUGAGAUUGGGCAGCAGCUAUCAUUCUUAAAUUCCUUGUCCUGAAUCCUACAGUCCGACACAGGAGAGCUCUGGUGAUUGACAGAAAUGAGUGAGGUGAGAGACCAAAGAGAAAUGAUAGUUUGUGGUAUGAACAAAGUAUUGAUAGGAGAGAGGCGAUUGCCUCUGGGAAGCGGCUUAGUCGGGUGGGAGAGAGGUAACAGCCUCAUUUUCUAGAUCACAGAAAAAGCAGCUCCUCUGUUAAAUAGUGGGUAGACAUAGCAGACGACACAGCAAUUCUUCCAAAGCAGCUCUUUAUUUGUAAGCUGGAACAGAACUGAACUGCAAACAGCUCAGCUGGCCUGCUUUUAUAGGCAGCCAGCUGUCAACAUUGUAGCAACAACAACCCAGGGUUUCCCGCCUAAAUAAACUGACGUGGACCUGAGUGAAAACUACAUACACGAUACUCCUGGUGGCCAGGGUGAGAACUUCAAUACAUAACAUCCUCGUUACUAGAUCACCAUCAUUACGAGAUCACCAGAAAAACAGUUGCUCCUGUAAUCAAGGAAGAAUCUAAACAAAAUAUAAGCAAUAUUUCUUUUUGUAGGGUUGAGGAUUCAUUUGGAAAUAAUGAAAUAAUAUUGUUAGCCCGUGGGGACUUUCUGUGAGUGGGGAUUCCACCUCCCUUCUACAAGGUGACAUUUCGAAUCCAGUACUGGGGGCUGCAUAGGCUGCCUAAGUGUUGGGUUAAUUAAUAUUUUGGUGCCUUUGGUAGGGGAUGGGUAUGCUAGAGCCUUCUUCCACUUGUGUACCGCCCUCCUCGGCGGCUGUGCAUAGGAGAGUUAGGUUCUGCUUUAUAUUGUUUUUAUGUAUUUAUUGUGAUUAAAGUUAGGUGCUUUCAGAAGCUGGAGCUGAAGUUAGAAAUACAUCCAAUAAUGAACACAAUUUGAAGGGGGGAAAUAAAGUUUUUUUAAAAAAUUAAAUAAUAGGUUAACUCAGGUUCUGUUUUCAGGCUUUCUGUGGGCAUCUGUUUGGCAGGAGCAGGAUGCUGGGCAAUUUAGAAGUGAACAGUUUAGUUGCUUUAAUAAUGCGAGCAACAGUAAACUUUGCAAUUCUGUAGCCGGGAUAUAAAUAAAUAGAGCUUCAUCUGUUAUUGUAUGGUUGUUACUGUUCCUUGUUGUUUUUGCUUUCUGAAGGAAUACCCAUUACCAGCGCUUCAUAUUAUGCCACUAUGACCCUGGAGCAAGUGAAACAUGUCUUUCGCUCGGACACAGAGGUUCCCAUGCCUUUAAUCGAGGAGAGACAUCGGGUGUUGAAUGAGACCGGGACAGUUCUCCUGGAGAAAUUUGGAGGCUCUUUCCUCUCGUGCGUUAAGAAAAGUGGGAAAAGUGCCCAGACAUUACUACAGCUAAUAGUAGAAAAUUUUCCAUCUUUUAGAGAUGAAGCUUCAUUUCAGGUAUUAUUUUUAUUAUAGUUGCUUUUUUAUUUCUUUUACAAAAUGUAAUUCAAAGUGGUUUACAAAAAGUAAUACAUUGAAAACCAGCUCAAAACUAAAACAGAGUAAAAGCUAAAAACACAUUCAGCAUAGCUGUCAACUUUUCCCUUUUUUUAAGGGAAAUUCCCUUAUUCCAAAUAGGAUUCCUCGCAAGAAAAGGGAAAAGUUGACAGCUGUGCAUUCAGAUUUAUUAAAAGACAGGAUUGAAACAUCCCACCGACUGAAGGGAAACCACUUCAGGACAGGACACCACUAAAUAUUGUGAGAAUUACGCUUACCUGUCUCUUGCCAGGGUGGCAGCCAUCACCCAUUUGGGGGAAUAUAUUCCGGAUCUACUCUAAUUUUCAGUGUAGAAAAUUUUCUCUUCUAAAUAUUCAUAACUUCCCAUUGCAAUUAGACACCAUUCUUCUCUGGGGAAAUAAAAUGCAAACACUGUUAAAUAUUAUGGAUUGGUGUUUCAUUGACUUCACAAAACAGUGGCGCUUCUCAGACAUCACACCAGGCAAUGGCAUGUUCUAAAUGUAGUUUAGAACCCAAACCAUGGCUUGGGCUUUCAGAUAGUCAGGAAAGCGUGGUUUAGAACUGCUUGUUUGCUUUGCUUUUCUGUCUGCUCAGCAGUCUUGUAUCCAGGAGCCUUAGCCAUAUCUGGUUUAUUGUCAUAAAGCAGUUUAUGGUCACACUAAUAGGGUCAAACUAUCUCUUAGCAUGAGAGAGGAGAUUGGGGCCGCUUUGUUCUUCCUCUAGUUCUCCUGCUAUUCUUGCAUUGCUAUGAGCAAAGUGUGUUGCCUGAACCUUGCCUUACAGUUUUUCUUGCUCCAGAGAAACCAUAAGCUGUCAGCUAUGUUGUUCUCAGUUUACAGAUCAUGGUUUGUUUGGAGAAGUCAAAUGACAAGUCUUGGUUCAGAUGACACCAUAAGCCAAACCAUGGCAUACUCACAGAAGCUCAGCAACAGUAGAAGCAAAGAACUAACAAUACAGUGGUGCCUCGCAAGACGAAAUUAAUUCGUUCCGCAAGUCUCUUCGUCUUGCGAGUUUUUCGUCUUGCGAUGCACGGUUUCCCAUAGGAAUGCAUUGAAAAUCAAUUAAUGCGUUCCUCGGGAAACCGCCUUCCCCCCAGGUCCGGGGACAGACUGCCCCCGGACCUCUUCUGAAGGCUGGGGGGGGGGGCAAGGGCUUUUCUUCCCACCCCCAGCAGUUUAAAAACCCGGGACAGCGGAGGACUUCUCCGCUGUCCGGGCGAUCUUAAAAUGCUGGCGGGCGGCAUUUAAAAUCACCCCGGGACAGCGGAGGACUUCUCCGCUGUCCGGGGCAAUUAAAGCCCCUGGGAAGGCAGGCAGGGGGACAAAGACUUUUGCCCCCGCCAGCCUUCAGAAGAGGUCCUGGACCUCUUCUGAAGGCGGAGCGGGCGAAGUCUUGCUCCCCGCCUUCAAAAGCCCUCCCGGGACAGGCAGGCAGGGGGGAGCAAAGACUUUCGCCCCCCGCCCGCCUUCAGAAGGUCUUCCCUCCCCCCCGCCCGGCGGGGCACCGUUCCGAAGCCGGGCGGCGGCGGGAGGUCGUCCCUCCCCCGCCCGGCCGGGCACCGUUCCGAGCCGGGCGGCGCGGCGGGAGGUGUUCCCUCCCCCCGCCCGGCCCGGAGCACCGUUCCGAGCCGGGCGGCGGGGAGGUCUUCCCUCCCACCGCCCGGCCGGAGCACCGUUCCGAAGCCGGGCAGAGGCGGGAGGUCUUCCCUCCCCCCCCGCCCGGCUUCGGAGCACCGUUCCGAAGCCGGGCGGCGGCGGCAGGUGUUCCCACCCCCCCCGCCCGGCUUCGGAGCACCGUUCCGAAGCCGGGCGGCGGCGGCAGGUGUUCACUCCCCCCGCCCGGCCGGAGGAGCCUUCCGAGCCCGGCGGCGGCGGGAGGAGGUGUCCCCGCCCCGCCGCCAGGCUUCGGAGGAGGUCCGAGGACAGUGGGGAAGACGCGCUGCGCUUCCCCGCUGUCCCUGAGAUUUCCCUAUGGGCUGUCGUCUUGUGAAGCAAGCCCAUAGGGAAAUUCGUUUUGCGAAGCGCCUCCAAAACGGAAAACCCUUUCGUCUAGCGGGUUUUCCGUCUUGCGAGGCGUUCGUCUUGCGGGGUACCACUGUAUAUUCUCCGACAGCCCCUGCAUGUGUGUUUGCUUUAAGCUGCAGAUUGCUUUAGUGUUAACAUGCAAACUGAGCCAUGGUGUUUUUGAAAACUCACUUUAAACCAUGCUUUCUGAUUUGCUAGUGGAUCACAAACUGUGGUUUGUUAGUUCACACUUCACACUAAAACAUAAUUACAAUGCAAUCCUAUGCAUGUCUACUCAAAAGUAAGUACUUUUUCCCAUGUGUGUAGAGUAUUAUAGCCAUAAGCACCAUUAACCAGGGUUUAGUGUGAUCUUUGAAUAGAGCCAGUUACCUAUACAUUUACAACUAUAUAUAUAUCUAUAGGUAUCUAUAGAUAGAUAGAUACAUAGAUAGAUAGAUACAUAGAUAGAUAGAUAGAUAUGACUUCAGUGUUCAAACAUGGGUUGUAUAGUAUAUUCUGGUUACCAUGUGACUUGGAAGAUCUUGGCUAAAUAACAUAAUAUAUUAAAUUGUAGUAAUUUGUUUUCAGUGUCCAUGGAUUUGAACACUUGACUGUGGCUGCUGCAUAUUCAGCUACAAUAUCAUUUGUCAUUCUUGUAUUAUUUAACUUGAGACUUGAAGUGUCAGUUCAGAAUCCUCAUUCUGCCAAAUGUAUGCAGUUGUUACUUAUUUGCAUAGUAGUUUGUUACAAUUGAACUGUCUGAACUUUUCGCUUGUAAAGUUUUAGGUCUUUUUAAAAUGCAGAAUUUAAGGCCCCUUAAGGGUUUUUAAAAAUCCAGCGUUCUCUAAAAGCAACAGUAGUAAACAACAACCUCUGUAAUAGAAAUAAGUCCUCUCAUCUUUAUACAAUUGGACUGUAACUUUCUAAGGGAGAGUCCUUGGCUAUUUUAUCCUACCAGGUUACAUGUUCUGAAGGAAGACCAAAUUUUCACCAUUCUUCUAACAAGAUGGAUGCUAGUAUCUGUUCGCAUUGUCAACACAGUUGCCCUGGCAACAGAUUGAGAUAUUGCAGAGAUUUGCAGUACCAGGAAGGGGUGUGAGACGAGAUUUAAGUGGUGAAAAUGAAUUAGAUUUCACCACUUUAGUAAAAAUGCAUACUAGAACUUGGUAAAUUUAUUAGAAUUGCAUCCUAAUCCUAAACAUAAUUAUAAUGAAGCGAGUUCUGUUGAUUUCCAUGGGAUUUCUAUGUAUCUGUUUUGAGACAUAGCCAUAGAUUUUCUGCUCAUUUUACAAGGUGCUAUAUGAGAUCUCAGCCUGUGACAGCAGCUGAAAACUAUUAUUCACCUGAGGGAGCUAUGAAAAAAUAAAAUUAAGUAUUAGUUCCAUUAUGUAAUUUUGGUUGUGUAUAAUUUUGAUUUGCAUAUUACUUCAAUGAACUUGCUUCUCAAAGCAUCCUAGUCAAUGGAUAAAUAUUACUUUUAUAUUGUUAAUUAUAGAUAUGAAAAUGUUUACAGUUAGCAAUGUAAUGAAUCAUUUCAUGCUGGUGCAUUUUAUGGUGACGUACUAAUGUUAACAGGUGUGCUGAAUAUAUCUUAACCACAUCUCAUGCAGUAUAACUAAACCAGUAAUAGUUUUGAAGUUCUUAGCCCCAAUGAAAUCUACAUACAGAGGUGUUAUUUGCUGCAUUGGAAUGUCAGGUAUAAAUCAAUCAUGCACUUUGACCAUAUGCACUGCAUUACUUUUGAUGAGAUGUACACAUUUGAUGGCUUGGUUAGUUUGCCCUAUGCUAUUUUGCAAAAUUUAAUUAAAAGUGAAACGUAAAUUAUGGAAGUAAAAUAAUAUUGUAACAAAAAUUCUGCUUUUAUUCUUGAUUAGAGCUGCGUCAGGGCACAAAUGUUUUGGAGUUGUUUCUUAUUACACUGCUAGUUUUUUAAAGAUUGGAACUUUUGUAAAUUUUACAGCACACUAACAAAAAGCAAUAAAAACAUACAUAAUCAUCGAAAUCCACAGUUGGGCAAUGCAUUUUAGUAGGAGCAGUCAAAAUGUUGCAAAAAUGGUGCUUGAGCUUUUAGGUUACUUAUAACUCUUCACCAAGGUAGAGAUUACACAAAGCUGAAGUUGGGUGAAUAAAGGAAAAAUCCAUUAAAAAAAUAGGCUGGAUGUUAAAGCCUUGAAGUCUGCAUUUAUACUCAUUCUGAAUAUAGUGAUUGCAGACCAAUUAGUCUCUACUGUAUGUUUGCAAGUAUCAGGUUACACCUAGAAUUCUGCGAUGAAGAAGCAUCGACUGCCUCCUAUUUUUGUACACGAAAAGCCUGUUAUCUUGUCUCAUGCCUUAAGGGAAACACACAGGUCAGGGAAUAAUUUAGCAAGUGUAAUAUUUUGAUAUGGCACUGGAGUUUUGAGGUAAUGAAAGGAUCGUUUCAGAUCAGAAUGUGCGUGCAGAUCUGAAUAGAUAAUCUGACCUUUGAAAUUUUCCAGAAACAUGUUGCUUCAAAUGAAAUCCAAUAUAUGUGUAGAAAUAUAUAGAGAAUCCAGAAAUAUACUGAUGUUUGGAGGUUUACAAAAAUAAUCCAGUGUAGAGCACAGAUGCAAACAUUAGUGUAUCAGCACAACGCUUUGCCAAAAAUGCAAAAUCCCUGAAAUGACUGAAGUAAAUAGGUUUAUCAGUGUAUAAAGCAGGCAUGGCCAAACUUGGCCCUCUGGCUGUUUUGGGACUACAAUUCCCAUCAUCCCUGACCACUGGUCCUGUUAGCUAGGGAUGAUGGGAGUUGUAGUCUCAAAACAGCUGGAGGGCCAAGUUUGGCCAUGCCUGGUAUAAAGUGUGCAUAAAGUCUAUGAUCCUCACCUGUACCUAGAGCUUUGGCAGGGCAUUGCAGCAGCAGUUCCUACUGUUGAAGAGGAUUUCUUUAUUACUGAACUGGGCAAAAGAUUCCUGCAUAGCAGGGGGCUGGACUAGAACCCCCUCUUGGUCCCUCCAAACUCGUAUGAUUCUGUAACAUUUAUAUUGCACUCCAGAACCAGAUUAGAAGCCAGUGUACAUGACUAAGUGCUGUUGCAAUACAAGUGAAUCGUCCAGUUCUAGUUGAUAAUCUAGCCCCACUCUUUGGAAGUCACUGAAGUUUCCAGGCUGUUUUCAGAGAGAGGUCUCAACAUGCACCUAUGCUAUAACUUGUCGAAAAGAACCUUGAAGUAUCAUAAUGGUGUAUAUUUUUCCUUUGCCUAUCAGGGUAGAAAGGUGGCUUUCUACAAACGAGCGCAGAUUCUUGUGGCUGACACCUGGAGUGUUCUGGAAGGAAAAGGAGAUGGCUGCUUCAGUGAUAUUUCCAGUGUGACUAUAUUUGCUGAUUAUAGAAUACCACAGGUGCUUGUUCACUUGGGAGCAAUGAAAUAUUCUGAUGAACUAAUGAAAAAACUCAAGGAAGGUAUGAAACCAUUCAGGAUCAUCAAAAAAUGUAAUAUUUGAGAAUUUUUAGAAAUAGCUUUUUGUUGACUGUACGGGGAUGGGGGACACAAAUCUUUGUAGUGGUGCUCAAAAUAUAGGCUAAGUCCUAUUACAGACAAGUUUUUUCAGCCCAUGGAAAUUAAGUUGCUAAAUCGAAUCUGUAAUUAAAGUACCCACUUCUUUCCUGCUACUCUGUUAUUGAAGAAAAAUACAGACAAAAAUAUAAGACUGAUUAUUUCUGCAAAAUCUCAUAUAGUCUUAAGGAUUUCGUUUAUGGAAUCUAUUUUCUUAUCCAGUGGCAAAGGAGUGAAAAUUUUCAUAUUUUUCACUUAAUUCUAGCAAAACAUAAGCAUAAAAAGAUUUGCAUUGUAAAGGGUGUACACAUAUCUUUGCGGUUCUGUUUCUUACUCAUACCAUGUGCAUUUGUGGUUUACUCAGUCACAGCUGUGUGUCUUUUUAAUUUUUCUUCAAUAAUGAAAUAGUAGAGAGGAAGAAAGUGUGUCAAUUUACAAACCCAUGACAGUGUAUUUCUGUAAGAAAAUUACCUGUUUACAGGCCUUUAAUAUUUUAUUUUCCUUACUGGAAUUAGAAGUUACUGGAUUUUUUAAAAAAAUGUAAGGCUAAUCAACUAGUUAGGUGUAAAUCAGGCAUAGGCAAACUUGGCCCUCCAGAUGUUUUAGGACUACAACUCCCAUCCCUAGCUAACAGGACCAGUGGUCAGGGAUGAUGGGAAUUGUAGUCCCAAAACAUCUGGAAGGCCAAGUUUGCCUAUGCCUGGUGUAAAUGCUGAACUUCACCAGGCAGGUGACUUCCUUCUGGAUCCAGAUUUCAAGGUAAAAAAUAGGUAUGAAUAGAAGAGAAUGGGAGUCAGAAAUAAUUCCUUCUCUGACACAUCUGAUAAUGUGCUGUGUUUGUGGGCUGUCCUUGAUGCUUGCAGUUGCUGUCCCCCCAAAAUGCCUGUGCUUCUUGGCUUGUCUGCAAAAUCUGUUUGCAGCCGUUUACAAAAUGUACCAGUGAGUGCAUUUAGUAUUUUAUUUGUUUCUUUCCAACACUCAACAGGGGCUGUGUACACACUAUACAUUUAAAGGGUGCUAGGAAUUUUCACUUUGUGAGAGGCAAAAUACAAUUCCCAGGAUUCUUGGGAGUGGGGUGCUUUAUCAUCUACUAUUAGUAUUAUUAGUAUUUAUUAUUAUUAUUCAUUGCAUUUAUAUCCCACCUUUUCCUCCAUGGAGCUCAAGGUGGUAUAACCAGUUCUCUGCCUCCUAAUUUAAUCUCACAAGAAAUUUGUGAGGUAGGUUAGGUUGAGAGAAGUGACUUGCCCAGGGUCACUCAGUGAACUGAUAGGGAAUUUGAACCCUGGUCUCCUAAGUCCUAGUCUGGCACUCUUAACCAUUAUUCCACACAGGUUCUCUUUAAAUGUAUGGUAAGUACAUAGCCAGAGUAAGCAACUGAAAGAAACAGGUGCAACUGAAAAAGAUAGCUGCUGGGUCCUUGUGGAAGUGACGACUCAGUACUAUGUACUUAUUUACUUUGGGGAAAACCUUCUUGCCCAGUGCUCGGAAGUGGCACCUGCCCUGUAGAACGCCCUCCCACCAAAUGUCAAAGAGAACAACAACUAGCAGACUUUUAGAAGACAUUCUGAAGGCAGCCCUGUUUAGGGAAGCUUUUCAUGUUUGAUGCAUUACUGUAUUUUAAUAUUUUGUUGGAAGCUGCCCAGAGUAGCUGGGGAAGCCCAGCCAGAUGGGCCGGGGAAUAAUUUUUUUUUUUUUUUAUUAUUAUUAUUAUUAUUAUUAUUAUCCCACUUCCACAAGGACCCCAGCAGCAAUCUUUCUCAAUUUUAGACUCAGAAGCAGUUGGGCAUAUGUAUGGGGUUCUUUGAAUGUCAGCCCUAGGAACACGAAUCUUUCUUUUUUCUUUCUCCUCCUGUGAUGAGGCUGCAUUUUAAUAUUUUAAUGUUUCAAUAUUUUAAUUGUUGUAAUUUAAUCUUGUUUUUAAGUUGUAUUCAUUCAACUUGUUUUUAUUAUUGCUUGUUAGCUGCCCUGAGCCUGGCCUUGGCUGGGGAGGGCGGGGUAUAAAUAAAAAUUAUUAUUAUUAUUAUUAUUAUUAUUAUUAUUAUUACAGUGUAGAAUAGCAUGAAGCCAUUCUUUAUAGAGAAAUGGGGGUCUGUAUCUAAACUUCUGGUCAUAGUAUGAACUGGAGGGCUGUAUUAAGAAGAUAAAUCUGCCUGUUUUAUAGAGAGUUUUACAGAAAUAAAUGUAAUGUUUCAUAACACUUUUGUUCUCCAUCCCUGAUCUGCCUUUCUUUCUGUGAAACUCUCUAUAAAACAGGCAGAAUUAUCUUCUUAAUACAACUCUUCAGUUCUCUAUAAAGAAUGGCAUCAUGUUAUGCAUACAGUUGGACAUACAUAUGCCCAACUACUUCUGAGUAUGCAUUAGAGUCUCCAGAUUUAUCUGAUACAGCAGCUGUUCAAACUGCAUCUGAGGCCAUUCCUGAAAAUGCGUCAACUUUUUACAGCAGCUUGGGAGGGGGGGGGGGCGGGAUGCAAUAAGAAGCAGGAACUUGGAAACUACUUCCAGUUCUUUGGAUCCUAUAUCCAAGUUAUUUUUUCCCCUUACUUGGAAGGUUGGGUAGAGACAGGAAUGUUGAGUGUGAAGCAUGUGUGGUGGGUCUGUUAAUGAAUCCUAAUGGCACUGACAGUUCUUCGGACCAUGGGCCAAAUGAUCUUUAGAGCUCUUACUCCCACAGCCAGUGUGGUGUAGUGGUUAAGAGCGGUGGACUCGUAAUCUGGGGAACCGGGUUCGCAUCUCCGCUCCUCCACAUGCAGCUGCUGGGUGACCUUGGGCUAGUCACACUUCUCUGAAGUCUCUCAGCCCCACUCACCUCACAGAGUGUUUGUUGUGGGGGAGGAAGGGAAAGGAGAAUGGUAGCCGCUUUGAGACUCCUUUGGGUAGUGAUAAAGCGGGAUAUCAAAUCCAAACUCCUCCUCUUCUACUACUACUACCAUUCUCACAGAUGGUGUGUACUGUAACAGUAUUAAAAACAUAUUUAUACAUCUCCCCAAAUACUUCAUUUACUACGUUGCAAUUAAGAUUGGUGUUAUUUAUAAGGGGAAGACCACAUUGUUAACCUCUUUUGCUAAACGUAUCACCACAUAUGGUUUAAAAUGAAGCGAGGUUGUUUCCCCUUCUGCAUUUCAAGUUACAUUGACAUGUUGCUGUACACACUAGUGAGGAGGCACCCUCUCAUGUGCAUUAUCUGUCUUACCCAGGCAUGCACACACACACCCCACAUACAUGUACCAGCAGUGGGAGUGCACGAGAGCCAGAGCAAACCGUAUCGUGUACACAGCUCCUGUCAGGUUUGCAGGUUAAACCAUUGAAUAUACAUAACCUGAAUUAUCCUGAUUAAAGUUGAAAGCAUUAGAAAUGCCCUCUUAUAUAUAUAUAUAUAUAUAUAUAUAUAUAUAUAUAUAUAAAGUGCUGUGUACCGCAGGUAGCUUUAAUAUUCUGAGUGUCCUACCUCUCCUGUUUUACUAAUUUAUGUUACUCUCCUGUAGGGCACAUGUUCCCGUCUGGAGACUAUCAGGAAGUGGAAAUCCGAGGUUGCUCUAUUUGGUGUUGUGAUCUCAUUUGCAAUCACUUGCUGGAGCUUUACAAAAAGAAAGGCCAGAACAUGGAUGAGAAGAUCAAUGCAGUUCUCCUCGAUUAUUAUCUAUGGGACUAUGCACGGGACCAUCGGGAAGAUAUGAAGGGAGUUCCUUUCCAUCGUACACGUUGCAUAUACUACUGAAUACUAUUUUAAUGAUUGAGGAUAAAGUAUCGUAUCAAAAAUCUAGAGGCGGAGUUCUGCCAAGUAGUGGUGCCAUUGAAAUCAGUAAGACUUAAGUUAGUCAUGACUCAUUUAAUUCCUAUUUGUUACCCAAUAACGGUUUUGUAUAAAAACUUGCAAAGAGUAAAUUGAGAGCACUUACCAUGUAUUUUUCAGAAUCUACUCUUUUAAAAGCUAUUAUGCACACUGUCUGUAUCACAGGAAAGGUGUUUUCUCGUAAUGUUUACACCAUUCCCUUGCUGCUUUGAUUGCUUUGUUUCAAGCGCGCCUGAGUCUGUAAUUGAUAAAGUUUCUAUUUCUGUUUCAGCAAUAUUUUUGUAUUCAGUUCAAUGAAGAAAAUGGUGUGACAUAAUAUAAAACAUAAUUCUGGAUUAUAUCUCAUAAUGUACCAGUAAGCUGAAUACGGCAGCGUAGUAAAUGCUUCUUCAAAUUAAUCACCUGUGUGCUUGUGCAUAUAUGCAUAUAUACAUAUGCCUCAUAUACCUUUUUGUACUGCAUAUCUGCCGAACUAAAACCAAGUUUUAUUUUUAUGUAAAGCAUUUUUGUUUUUGCCCAUUAUCCCAGUGGAUUCCAGG